AUGGCCACUUGUCGACGCAAGGUUGAGGUGCUGGUGGUUCUGCUGCUGACGUUAGUGCCUCGGCCCGGCCCCCUGAAACCGACGUUCAUACAUGUAUACGUCUGCAUAAAGGGCUCUUGUGAUGGAAGUUGUAACAGCCUGACUGUGUUUUACGUUGUAGAGGACAGUGAUAGCUUUCGAUGGAUGCCUGUGCUGGAGAAGUACGGGGUGACGCUGCCCCUGGAGUGCCCCUUACAUAACGCCAGGGACGUGUUCGCGCGGCAGGAGGAAGCCAAAGUCCACGUGCCGCCCCAGUGGACCUGCGGGUUUUGCGGGAAGGCCUUCUACCACGAGGCGCACCUGGACAGACACCUCGACAACCGCCACGAGGAACACCUCAAUAAUGGCGAAGAUGCGGUGUGCCUGGCGGACUUCUGUGACGUCAUGCGGUGCGAGGUGUUGCUGGAGCGGCUCAGGGACUUCGAGGACACGCCCCCCGCUGCCACGGCGCUCGACCUGUGGCACCAGCCGCUCCUGCUGUCGUCCCCGUCGCUCCACCAGGGCCAGACGCAUUCAGACCAGGCGGUGGAGCGAGCCCUCCCACGCAGCCUGAUGAGGUCGUCCCACGCCUCCCACCCGUGGUACCAGUGGACGCGGCAGCCACGCCUCCGGGACCCUCCUCACCCGCCUCCGCCUUCCUCCACGACGCCUCGCCCCGCCCCCGACCUGUCCCGGGACCGCCCCGACGACGGCAGGAGGUCCGUGGACGACCCUGUGGUGGUGGCGGGAUGCGAUGCGGACGACGCGGAGUGCGCGAACCCGCCGGAGGAGACGUACACAAGUAAGGAGUUUCCGAACUGGGUUAUCCUUGUAUUGAGAAAGCUGUGUCUCUGGUGCGUGGUGCACAGACGUGACGGAUGUAUAACGCCCACAGAUGACAGCGGACAGGUGGGUGGGGGCCCGCGGGAGCUGCCUCUCCACCCGUUACACUCGUGGCGUGACACGUGUAACGAGGAACACCUGGCUGAGCUCAGGGUCAAGUGCCAGCAAUUGAUCCAGCAGUGCAUCGGGGGCCUGCUGCUCAACCUAACACUGGAACAAUUCAAGGAGGUUGAGGCCGCUCUGAGCCGUGCGGUGUGUUGGUACCUAACGUGUGAGAGGUACUGGGAGGCUGGUACCAUGGAGCCUCCAGAAUUCCCGUGGGGCCUCGUCACUGGUUUGGUUCUUCUGCUUACUCUCGGGGUGUCCCUCGCUUACUACAUCGUCUGGGUCCUGUGCGAGGUCGCAGGAGGGCGCCGCCGCGUCGCCCACCACUCUGCCGGAGGAGCGCCCCGGCCCGCCGCUCCGGACCUCGAAGGCGCGCCACUCCGCCGCCACGGAGUCCGAGAGCGAGUGUCGGGACUCUGGCUUCAACGAGGGCCUCUCUACCCCGACGUCAGCGACGCCAGCCACGCCUACAGCGACUAUGAUGGCCAGUCCUACCGCUCGCGACACUACUCGGAAGACUCGAGGCUCUCCUACGCCGUCGUCCAAAUACUACAUCACGGAGGAGCGCAUGUUCAACUACGCCACCACCUUCACGCCCAACUACGAGCAGCGGCGACUCAGAAGGAAUCGCUACAAUUAUCUACCUCGAGUUUAAGUCAGGAGCAGAGCGACAGUUUCAUUUACGUCUCAUAUCCACCUGAAGUUAAGAAAAGAUUCACGGAGAACAGGUGAUGAAGAGACGAGGUGUUUUAUCGUUGAUGAACAC